AUGGUCAUGGGGUGUGCCACACCUUUGCGAUCAUGGCGCUCGCAGCGCCUCGGCCGGAUCAUUAGCCAACGUCUAUACAGCGGCAAAGGCCCGACGGUGGCCGUGUUAUUCCAAGAUAUCGACCCGCCAGUCAUCAAUGGGGUUCGCAAGCCCCGUAAACCAGGGGGCUACCAGGAUUCAGGUGCAGACAUCGCCUACACACUCCAGUCAAAGGGAAUCAACAUCACCACCCCAGACCCAUCGCCGCAGGUCUCCAAACACUCAGGCUGGUGCUUCCCCGACACAGAAGAAGGCAUGAUCGCCGCCGUGGAAAACGGCGCAACACAUCUCUGGGCCAACACAAUCCUCUUCGACUCACACCCACUUCAGCAAUCCGAAAAGCUAUCCCCCUACGCAUCGGAUCUAUACGUCGUGGGCCAACCGCCCGGUCUCGUAGAAAACUGCGACGACAAGGCGUUCUUAAACGACAAACUCCGCUCAUUGGGCAAUUACACCCUACCACGCUCCUGGCUGGUAUCUGAUUCUACUAAUGUUGACGAGUUUAUCGGCUCAAUAGGCCGCUUCCCGGUCGUUGGCAAGCCGGUUCGUGGCCGCGGAAGCCAUGGUGUCAAGUUAUGCCAUGGCCCCGCUGAACUAAAACAGCAUAUCGAGGCCCUGCUGGGGGAGUCGCCGCUCAUUAUGGUGGAGGAGUAUCUAGCCGGAGAGGAAGCGACCAUCACUGUUAUGCCGCCAUCCCCUGAACAUCCUGAGCACUGGAGUAUGGUGCCUGUGACGCGGUUCAACCACGCGGACGGUAUUGCUCCGUAUAACGGGGUGGUCGCGGUUACGGCUAACUCCCGGGUCGUGACAGACGAUGAGAUGAAAGAUCCAGCUUAUGGGAAGGUGAUGGAAGAAUGUCAGGCUGUUGCCAAACUGAUCGGCGCAACGGCGCCAAUCCGCAUUGAUGUGCGGCGUUUCCGGGAGGGCUCGGAGUUUGCGCUUUUUGACAUUAAUAUGAAGCCGAAUAUGACCGGCCCAGGCCGUCCAGGUCGCGAAGAUCAGGCCAGCUUGACUGCGGUGGCGGCCGCUGCUAUUGGUUGGGAUUACGGAACUCUCCUGCAGAAAAUUCUAGCCAGCGCUCAACAUCUAAGUGCCUUUCGGGAUUAUCGCAGUCCGUUUUAGAUUGGGUGCAGAAGGUCUUGUCUUGCUUGGUGUCGCG